GGAGCUGCCCGCUGCCGGCGCGACCGUCGCCCGGAGCACGCAUACGGCUCGCCCGCACGCCGUCGGGCAGCCUCAGUAAAGCGAGGACACCGGCCACGCCUUCGUGGUGGAGCCGCAGCGCCCACACCAUCCCGGAGGCAGCCAUGGCCGACGCCUCCCAGCGCACGGAGGGCGCCGCGCCGGCGCGACACAAGGUCGCCUGGGACGUCAACCGCAUGGAGGCCCAACGGAGGAUGGUCAUUGCGGAGCCCCUCUGGGUCACGUCCAGUCGCACAACACAUGUAGAUGUGAUGUGCACGUCGAAUACGGUGAGGCGGUAUGUGGCCCCCGGUGAAAAAGAACGGCAACAAAGCAAGUCCAAAGCGCGGUGCCGCUUGCCCUACGCGUCGAACGCGUCGGCCGCUUCGGUCCAGCGGAACCCGGGCACGGCGACGCCGACGCAGCGACUCAUGGACGAGAUCGCGCGCAAGAAGAUGAACGAGGCGAUGCAUGAAGAAAGGCGGCUGUUCAUGCAACGCUUGGUCGAGGAGCGCGAUGCCAAAGCAGAAAGGGAGUUUUCGGGAGCUACGGCACUGCAGGCGGCCUGGCGCGGGGCGUCGGUGCGAAGGAUCGCGGAUGAAGAAAUCGAACGGCCCAAAAGAGGUGGGCAGAGGCCGGAGUCCGACGAGGAGCGGCGCGCGAGGUUGAGGGCAGAAAAGCUCAAGCUUGAUGACGAGAUCCGGGCGGAACUCGUACAGUUAGCGGAGAAGGCGGGUCUCGCACCGGUGGUGAACGUCUCGUUGGAUAACGCGAAGAUGACGAAAUACAAGCAGAAGCUCGCCGAGGAGAAGGAGGCGCGACGGGUCGAAGCCGCGAGGGUCAUCCAGGAGCGAGCUCGCGUGAGGCAGGCGAAGCUUAGGGCAUUGGGCGUCAUCGGCACCAUACAAUCCUACACGCAGGAGGAGCAGGCCGUCGUCAUCCAGAAGGAGUGGAAGAAGCAUCUGAUGCGGGGCUGGCACCAGGGGCGCAAGGAGGAAGCCGCCGCGUUGAUUGUGCAGAGUCGGUGGCGGCGCAUGCAGACCAUGCAUAGAUUUAGAGACAUAUCGAGGACGAUCCUGAAGAACAGGCGGGAGGAGGGGGCGGCGCUCCGGGUGCAGUGCGCCUACAGAAGGAGAGCGUCGCAGUUGCACGUCGGCGGUCUCGCGCGGGCCAUGAUUCGGACGCACCACGCGGCGGUGCGCUUCAACCACGACCGCGAGGACUUCACGCAGCACCUGCAGUGGCAGGACGACCACCGGGCGGGAAAAUGGGACAAGAAAAUCGCAAAAACGGACGCCGAAAAACUCAAAGACCAAUGGACGGCCGAGUCGAGCGGUGGUGGUGGGGGGCAGUAAC